GUCGGGUUACACAAUCAUCAUUAUGACCUUUUCGUGGAGCUGACAGCAUGGCUGGAGCAAGUCAUAACUGAAUCAAUGUAAUGUACCAAACAAAGCUUUUUGAUUUCAGAACAAGUGCAUUAUGAGGGUCCUAAACACGCAUCUCGUGAACGUUCUCAGGAGGCAGUGCAUUAAACAGACACCAGUCCUUGCGCAGAGGGAGAGGAGCUGGCUGAUGACGUGCUGCCUCAAAUCCCUGCUGUUGCCGCAUUCACCGCCCUGCCGUGCGCUGUCCACAGCCCAGCAUUUGAGGAAAGCAGCCUCCCUGCCCAGCACUGACAAACUGGACCUGGACCUCUGGAAAUCAGUGAUGAAGUCUGGAAGCGACAGCACAGCGAUGACACAAGAAGAGGAAAACACGGAGGCCUCCCCUCUGGGUGCAAUGCGGGAGCUGGUGGAGAUGUGGCGACAGGCUGGCAAGCUGGUCCCGGAAAACAUGACUGAGGAGGAGCUGCAGACCCUGGAGGAAUUGUCUACCAAGUCAUCCAGAAAGAAGUACCUGAAAUACCUUGCCCUCAAAGAGGGCCACAAGAAGGCACGCAAAAAGAAGCAGGAGAAAAAGAAGCAGGAGAGAGCCGAGGAUGCUAAGAGCAGCGGGGAGGAUGAGGAAGAGGAGGGGAGUCGCAUGAAGAACACCUUCCUGCUCCAGUUUUGGCAGCGCUCCAUAGACGCCCUCUACAACUGGAGGGCGGCCCAGGCCAUGCAAUUCGGACAGUCCCUGGUGUUCGACAUGAGCUACGACCGCUAUAUGACCCGCAGAGAGAUUGAGAACACAGUCUCCCAGCUCUUGGAGUGCGAAGGCUGGAACCGGAGGGCCCUGGACCCUUUCCACCUCCACUUCUGCAACUUGAAGGUGGAGGCCGCCUAUCACAAGGAACUUAUCAAACGCUACAGCGGGGCCUGGGACAGACUGCUUGUGAGCGCCACAGACCGGCCACACCAGGAAGUGUUUCCCAGGGAAAAGCUGGUCUACCUGACAGCAGACUCACCCCACGUGCUAAAGACUUUUGACCAUGAUAAGGUCUACAUUGUAGGCGCCAUGGUUGAUAAGUCCAUCCAGACCGGCCUUUCCCUGGCUAAUGCCAAGCGGCUCAAUCUAGCCACUGCCCGGCUCCCAUUGGAUGAGUACCUACACUGGGAUUCGGGGGCCAAAAAUCUGACCCUGGACCAAGUGAUUCGUAUUCUACUGACAAUCAAAGACACCGGAAGCUGGGAGAAGGCUCUGCGCUUUGUUCCCAGCAGGAAACACGAAGGGUUUUACAAGCCUCAGCAAAGUCAACACAAGCACUGGGGGAAAGCAGAGGCUCGCAGGGACAACAGCAGAACACAAGGUGCUUUCGUCAGUCAUCAGGCCUUUAAUCCCAGAAUGCAACAGACACUUCUUAAGGACAGCAGGUCAGGGGAAACUGCUGGCAAAUCCAAGGGGAAGAAGAAUUGGUGGGAAGAGGAAGACUGAACUUAAUAAACUUGCUUAUCUGUUGCAUUUCAAAGCAAGAUGUACAUGUUGGCCAACGUGAUUUGAUGCAUAAAUAAAUGUUAAUUUUAGAGGGCUGAA